AUGAAUGAGCUAUAUUCUACUACAACUACCACUAUUACCACUACUUCUACUACAACUAUUACUGGAACAGGAAAACAGGAAUUAUUUUACGGAUUGAAAGAUUGGACAAAUAAGAAUAUUUUUGCUUCAUCAAUUGAUGAAACAGUAUUUGUUAGUGGUUAUCAGAAUCAGGAAACAAUUGUUACCGAAAAUAGCAAUAAUAUUCAAGAAGUAUCGGCAGCAGUUGAUGAGGGACAUGGUACAGUAAAAUCAAUUACAGCAUUACAGGCUGCCUGGAAUGUUACGAAUGCAAUUCAGGGAAUGUUUAUCGUCGGUUUACCGAUUGCUGUCAAAGUAGGUGGAUGGUGGACAAUUGCAGCAAUUAUUGGCGUUGCAUAUUUAUGCUAUUGGACUGGAGUUUUACUCAUCGAAUGCUUAUACGAAGAUGGUGUCAAAGUAAGAAAUACAUAUCAAGCGGUAGCUGAAGCUUAUCGUCCAGGAAUGGGUCGCUUUGUAUUAUGUGCCCAAUUAACAGAAUUACUCAGCACUUGUAUUAUUUAUAUUGUAAUUGCUGGAGAUUUACUACAAGGUUGCAUACCAUCUCUUGAUAAAUCUGCUUUAAUGAUGCUUGUAACAACAGCACUUCUUGGUUGCGCUUUUUUGGAUUCAAUUCGGAUAGUGAGCAAUUUAAGCUUAAUAAAUGCUAUCUCACACCUGGUUAUUAAUUCUAUUAUAUUCACUUAUUGUUUAUUUCAGGAGUUUAUUGAAUGCGUUGAAAAUUUUAGCCAUUUAUGA